CACCUUUGUUUUCCCUAUUAUGUAUACGUUCACUAUGUUGUUACGACCUCUAGCAGUAAUUGCUGCACUCUAUCUGAGCAGCUGUGCUGCCUCCCCCGGACGCCAUCGCCCAAGAUCGGACCCUUCCUUGAUCCCCAACCCCAGUCACUCUCAUUCCUCCCAACCCUAUCAACUCAACCUCACAUGUACGGAAUGCGCUUUCUCCUAUGGCAGCAGUUGCGGCAAAAAUCAACAUCCCCCUUCCUUUCUGACUGUCGAAUUCACUGCCAAAAAGACUGCGCUCCUAGUCAACGGGGAUGUUAUUUUCCCCGCUCCUGUGCCGAUGGAAUUCCACGCGGUGCGACACUCAGCGUCGCGCCAUGAAGAUAUUCUCCUCGCAUAUGCUCUGGAUGUGAUGCCGCUCCCCCACCAACCCGGGGACUUUCUCGGAGAUUUAUAUCGCCUGAAGCUCAGACUGCUCGAUCUGCAAGGCCGUCCCGCUACUGCGAAUCAUGUCUCCGUCGGUAUCGUCCGAGAUGCGGAUGGCAAUAUCGAGAUCGUCGAAGUGCAGGAGAGCCCCCAUCCCCGCCGCUUUCGCCAUCAUUUCCCCAGCGACACCAAGAGCAAAUGGUGGCACCUGAAGACCUGGAAGGCCUAUCUGACGGCUUACUGGCAAACGACAUCGGUCCAGGCCAAACCCUGCGGCACGGACUCAACCAUUGAAACCUCCCCGUCCAGCGCCGACAGACGUCUCAUUUCCCACUGCCGCCACCGACAUAACGACCUCGCGUCGUGGACUGGACGUGAGCGCAACUUCGUGCGACUGGUACGACCCGUGAUUCUUCCUGGUCUCCUCGGCAUGGUGGCCGGGAUUAUCGCCUGCCUACUCGGAUUUCUCGCGGGAAAGAUCAUACUCUCCGUUUACUAUUUCUACAAUAACCGCACGACUCCAUCUCGGACGCCCGACGACGACGUGGAAGAGGGCGAAUCGAUCGAGCUCUCGGAGAAGCAACGACUGGCAGAGCACCUGGCAGAACGAUAUGGCGACCCUGCGCCUCCACAUGCACUGUGAUAUAGAUUACUUGUUUCUUCAUCCGUAUAUAUUUUAUUCAGUCUCUGUAAGAUAAACCUUUGCUCAUAUUUACGUUCAGUCAUGGUCUCGGCGUGGUCAGCGAAAUAAAAUAAUCCAGUUUUCUUUCUUUC